CUUUCCCAGCGACGAGGAGGGGGCUUACCCCCUAGAGGACGAGGCCGGGGCCAAGAGCGUACACUAGGGCAGCGGACUCCGACGCCCUCCCUUAGUGAUGUACCCUCCGCUACUGGCACCGAGACUUCCGAGGGGGAGGAGGGAGCGAGAGGAGCCUCCCCAGAGGAUGAGGAGAUAGAGGAGGAUAGUGAGGUGCAGCAGGAGGAGAUUGAUGAGGAGGAGGAGGCGCAGGCGGAGGACGAGGACGAGGAGGAGCUCGAGCCACAGGGGAGCUCGAAGUCGAUCUGGACUCGGGGAAUAGCGGGUCUCCCAAAAGUACCAGCUAAUGAUGAUGAGAAAACCCUCAUUAAGCCGAAUAACAAAGACAAUUGGUCAUUUGUUGGUACACGGGGCCGCCUUCCAAAUGGUGUGCUUGGAGUCUUGCUGAAGAAGUAUUGGCCGGGGCUCUACAGGUUGAAGCCGCUAGAUGAAACAUGCCGGGACAAGAAGCUAGCCCUUAAAUGGGAGGACUAUGAAGCUGCUCAUGACGAGAGCUUCGGGACCUGUGCGAAUGCUGUGAUCACCAAUUUUUGGGUCUUUUAUAAAGUGCCGACGGAGGAUAGUACCAAGGCGGGCCAGGUCUUGGUGAAUGCCGCGAGGAAGAUGGUACGCCAGCAGCGGUACGAUGCGCGCAUUGUGGCCAUCUCGCACUUCUACGCCGAACAAGGCAAAAGGGUCCUCAAGAAAGAAAUUGUUGCAAAAGGUCUUACAUUGUCGAAGGAGGAGUUCAUGGGCAUUGCUCCCAAAUGGGUCGAUGGACGAGACGAUGGAUGGGCGGCGUUGGUGGACUUGUGGGUCGGGGAAGAUGCGGAGUUCAUGGCCCAAAGCAUGAAAAAUAGGGAGAAUCGUGGCAAGGAUGGAACGCACAAUGCAGGAAACCGGUCCCAUGAUCGCUACAAGGCGCACCAGGAGCAAGUUCAUGGGAAGCCGCUUACUAUGUUAGGAGCCUGGAAGAUGUCGCAUAAGAAGACGAAGGUCGACAAACCUGGAGAGGAGCAAUACUAUGGUAAGUCUGGCACAUACUUGCAAAAUUACGCGACGGCGUUCAAAAAACUGCAUGGGGAGGAUUCUCAUCCCCUUGAGGAGGAGGUCGACGAGACGGUGGUGAUCGUGUCAGGGCUCGGCAAGCGGCAUGGCCGCCAUCAGAUUCUUGAUGGGGUGAUCGCGCCUACCACCACACUCACACAAGUUCGAGCUUCUAGCAUGAGCAGCAGUCAGUUGAUCCCACCUCGUCCACGGCACGGUGGAUCUAGGCGGGCCUUCGAUGUAAGUUCUUCCUAA